GAAUAUUGAAAUAAAGGGAUGUGCCUUGAGCAGACGACGCUUCUCCACCAUCGCGCAGGCGCAGUGUACUUCGGGAGAGAGGAAGCGGCCGUCGUCGGAGAGGGUUGGUUCGGUAGUGAGAAUCCCGUGCAUGAAAAGCGCACGGAAACCGGCUACACUGGGAAGACUUGGAAGGCUGGAAAGGAAAUCGCGAGCUAGCGAGCGUUAACAUAGGUAAUUAUCGGACCGAACCAACACAAUAACUGACCGAAGUUAAACACUGGCAUGCUUGGAUAAUUUAAAAGAAGACGGCUUCUGUGAUUAAAUAGAAUUAGUUUAACUAACCUCGCUCGCUUGCUACACUGAGGGUGAGAUAGAAAAGCUGGUCUGAAACAAAACGCACGGCCAGACGAACCCUGGGACCUUCAGGAAAGAAUGAGCUAUAAACCGAUUGCUCCGGCCCCCACCGGCUCCAACCACACCCCGCCCGGUUCUAGUGUACCCUCUCCCUCUCUCCCCUCGUCUUCCACCUUCCGCCCAGCGUUCAGCGACUUUGGCCCCCCUUCCAUGGGUUUUGUCCCGCCAGUGAAGGUAUCUCAGGGUUCUACCUACAGCGAGCUACUGUCCGUCAUCGAGGAGAUGAGCCGCGAGAUCCGCCCAACCUAUGCUGGUAGCAAGAGUGCCAUGGAGAGGCUAAAACGAGGUAUCAUCCAUGCCCGAGCAUUGGUCAGGGAGUGUCUAGCAGAGACGGAGAGGAGUGCUCGCACAUAACCCCCCCCCCCCCCCCCAGCUCAGACACACACAGUUCUCCUCCCCACUCAAAUCCCCAUCCUUCCCCAUCAAUCCAGUGAAUCCAGUAUCAAUGCUGGUAGUGUGACAAUUUUGUAAACUCAAUUUUUUGCAGCUAGUUGAAUUAAAUAAAAUCGUUUUUCAAUUAAA